GUUUUAAGCUGUGUUGCAGUCAUUGAUGGGGAAGCUGGGCACGAGGCAAGACACUGCAGAAGAGGACGAAGGCUCUCCCCACCCGGAAACCCUCUCAAAAGGAGCCAAGGCUAACUAGCCAGAAGAUAAAACUGACCAUGCCGACCUUUCCUCUUCACUUCCUGUUGAUGGUGGUGUCCCUCCCCAUUGUCGUGGCGAUGCCUGAGCCCAUCUCCGUGGACAGCUGGGAGCCCCCCCUCCAUCCUCCUCCUACGGUCUCCUACCCACCCAUGGAUGGCCCCGGAGGCAGUUUUCACAGUCAGGGAGACAAUAUAACGGAGCCGCCAGCCGGGGCCAUGGAAGCCUACUGUCAGAUGCUGCUGCAGGGCCCGGUGCCCGUCCCCUCAGACCAGAUCCCCUGGUUCUGCCUCUGCACACGCUGCCAGAGCACCCAGGGGCCCAAAGGAGACCGCGGAGACCGGGGACUGCCAGGUAGUCCUGGUAGUCCUGGAAGAAGGGGGUUGACAGGGUUCAGAGGCCCUCCAGGUUCUGUGGGCAGACCAGGGAUCAAAGGACAGAAAGGAGAUGAGGGUGAGAAGGGACAGCGUGGACCCCCGGGACUGUUGGGACCCAAAGGAGGCCAAGGGUUCAAAGGUGACAAAGGUGAUCAAGGUAUGGAGGGUCGCCCAGGGUUUCAGGGUCCUAAAGGAGAUGACGGAGUCUGUCCACAAGCCUGUGAGUCCAGCCAGGGCCCACCAGGAAUCCCAGGUCUACCUGGCCCUGCAGGACUCAGAGGUCUGCCUGGUACUUCAGGGCUGUCAGGGCCGAAAGGCACUAAGGGUGAUAUGGGUGAUCUGGGUCACCCUGGUGCCCCUGGAUCUGUAGGUGAGAAGGGGGAACCAGGGCCCCAGGGGGAGUGUAACUGUACAGAUGGAGUAGAUGGGAGUUCAGGGCAGAAAGGAGACAAGGGGGACAAGGGGGACCAGGGACAGACAGGGCCUGCAGGGCAAAGGGGCCUACAGGGGGGUAUGGGAGACCCCGGGCCAAUUGGGAUAAUGGGUCCUCCUGGUCCCUGCAUGCCCAGUAUCCAGUCAGCAUUUUCUGCAGGGCUGGCAGCCAGUUACCCCCCGCCCAACACCCCCGUGGUCUUUUCCUCUGUUCUCUACAAUGUCCAGGGGAGUUACGACCCCACCACUGGUCUCUACACUGCCCCGAUCAACGGCACCUACGUCUUCAGCUACCACCUCACCGUCCAUGAAAGGGUCCUCAAAGUUGGCCUCUUUCAUAAUUUCGUGCCAGUCGUUAAAACCACAGACCCCAAAGUGUUAGGGACCACCUCGCAUUCAGUCGUCCUUUACCUCGCCCGAGGGGACAGGGUGUGGAUUCAGGUGAAGGAUUCAGUCACUAACGGCAUGUACGCCGGUACUGAGGCCAGCAGCACCUUCUCUGGCUUCUUGCUCCACCCAGAUACAUGUGAUAUGGCCUUAGUUAGAGCCUACAUGCCCCAAAUGACGCUACCUGAGGGCGGAUACAGUUGGGGAGACACACCUGAGUCCACCUCACCUGCUGGUGGAGGAUCCAACUAAUGAUCAAUAAAUGACCCAUGGUCACCUAGAAGCUGCAAAAAAGAUCUUCAAACACCAUUAUUUGCUCUUCACACAUCACAACAAUCACACAACAGACUGAGAAGUAAAUCAUCACAGGCCACCAUCAGAUGAGUGAACUAUGAAAAUAUGAAAACCAACCAACAGACUUUAUCCCCGAAUAUGGAACAGACCCAAACUGAGAUGAACCACCAACCAAGAAAAAGCAGGGCCAAUGUCCCAGACAUCAGAACUUAGACCCCAUUACACGGAGGCAGAGAACCCAUGCUUAUGUUGGUUUAAGUUGUGAUGAUGAGGGUACGAUUGAACACAGGUGACUCAGUCUGCUUCAAAUAGACUAGUUUGUACAACAUGCUAUUAAACUACAUCUACAGUCAGUUAGUACCUUUCCUGAAUGUCCACAACAGAGACAAAGACACUAUUAGAUCAUUUGACAAACCUUGACCAUCUUUGUGAUAGACCAUCUAAAACAGAAACCAUCAUGUCUGAGCAUGAUCACAUGAGACACCUGUCAAAUAAAAAAUAAAAACCACUGUAUUUCUGCAGAGACCAUCUCAGUGCUCAGUGCUCACAGCAGUUAGCGUUGUACUCUUGCAUUGAUGGAUACUGUUAUGUUUCUGUGAGAGGUGUAAGAAGAAGUGAUGCUGCAGACGGGGAUGCCUCAGAUUCCAGGAGACACACAGCAGCUUUUUUGCUGCAGUUACUGAAUUGCAAAGGUUUCCAGAUGUGGGCAUGAGAUUCUGAUUCUGACACAAGGACCAGGUCUCAUUCAGACAUGGUGGUUUCUGCUCGGUUCAGAUUUGCAGGUGUGUUGAUGUUGAUGUUAAAGCGCCUCCAGUCACAUGAACCCAUCUUUAAACUCUGGACCCCUUCACUGAUGAUUUUAUUUGAGCCACUCUGAUAACCCAGUCACUGCACUGGAAUCAUCAGUCGUGGUCUCUGGUUCAGUCAGACGAAGAUUAAACUCCUCAGUCAAAAUUCAAGUGUCAACGUCCUGUUCAAGAGAGAUGAAAAAUAUGGCCAAUUAAAUUAGCUUCAGCUGAAUCAUUUGUGUUGUGAUUUUUGAAUCUGUAUCUUAUCUUAUUUUUGACAGUAGGUUCAUGUUUAAACUUCUCGCUGUUUGUUUCAUUGUGGCUUUUUGGUUUUUUAUUUGGUCCUUUACGACUCUGUUCCUUUGUAUUGUCUUUGUGUUACAUUGGAGUCAUUACAGAGCCUGGUUCAUUUUAAGUCUAACAGAGACUGGGUUGUUGAUCAGGAGAACCUCCAUACCUCUGCGGUUAUAACACCCUGUGAUGUUUUGUGUGAAUCCUUUAUCUCCCAUCUUGUCUCUGUCUUUAUGUGUAAACUGCUGAGAUUUCCAGCCUGUGUUGGAGCUUUACAGGCAGCAAGUCUUCUGGGGAUCCCCUGACAGUGAUCCUACAGCGCCAGUGUAAAGUGAUAUACCACCUCGCUUUAGAUCCACCUGGCCUCUGCUGGGCGGGGUUUCCCUGAGGUAUCUCUGUUCUCAAACAAUGAAACAAAGAGACUGUAGAGUCCAUCACGCCCUAAUGAGUCAGUCACAGAUGUUUCAUAGAGAGGAUCCAGCCUUAAACACCUACUGCACAUCUGAUGUCUUGGUGUCCGUCUCCUCACCUGGCUUCCGAGGACAAAACUCAAUUCAGGGCGUCCAAAGAUUUUGAUGGAGCUUCCCAGAAAGUUGAUCAGAACCUCAUCUUUUUGACCUUUGGAGACUCCGUAGGUUUGUCCUCUCAUGGUGAAGAGCUUGUUCGUUUGCACAGGAGCAGUGACUUUAUGAACAGCAGCUCCUGCUCUGAACAGUGGAACCUCUGAUUGACUGGAGACAGAUCUGGCACUGUAACACCUCCAACAAUACAACUAAGAUGCCUUUUAAUUCAGAAACUUUAGUCAGCAGAAAGUUUUUGUUUUUGUUUGUGGUGGUUUUCUUCUAAUUAAAAAUAUAAAACAGCUAA